AUGUUAUGGGGCUCUGUGUCCAGAGUAGGCACUGGCAAUCUUGUUCAAGUUGAAGGUCGCAUGGAUUCCAGUCAAUACCAACAGAUUCUUGCAAACAAUGUUCCAGAGUCAGUGGAAAAAGUGUCAUAUGGGGCCACUGAUCUGACUGACCUUCUGGUGGUGAGGGAACUAGUUGCCAAAACAGCCUAUCUCAAGGCUCAAGGGAUGGACGGUAACGAGCUGCGAAAGGAGAGACUCUGCUUGACUCUGCCCCAGCCAAACAACUCCUCAGCUCUACAGGAAGCUGAAGUGAAGCAGUACGAGUCGCUUUGCGAGCAGCAGCCCAUUGGUAGGACAUUAUUUCGGCAGUUUCUUCUCAGCUGUAAUCCCCAGUACACCGCUGCCAUCGAGUUUCUGGAAGAGUUAGGAGGAUGGAGCGUAGCAGAAGAAGACACCCAAGCAAACACCAGAAGGAACAUCGUCGCUAAGAUCUCUCACCCUGACUCCAGGAGUUUUCUGUCGUUUCUCAAAGGAGACGCUGUAGAAACAUGCAAGUGCUUUGACGAGUCAAUGGUGAACCAGAUGAGAGAAGCCACAAGAGAUUUCCUGCGGGGAAAACCUUUCUCGGAGUACCUGCAGAGUCCGUUCUUUUUCAGGUUUCUACAAUGGAAAGAGUAUGAGAGACAGAAGAUUAGCGAUAAAUACUUUCAUGAAUUUCGAAUAUUGGGGAAAGGUGGUUUUGGUGAGGUGUGUGCAGUGCAAGUGAAGAUUACAGGACAGAUGUACGCCUGCAAGAAGUUGAAUAAAAGACGUUUGAAGAAGAAAGGUGGUGAGAGGUUGGCCCUUCAAGAAAAAAAGAUUCUGGAGAAGGUUAACAGCCUUUUUGUUGUGAACCUGGCCUAUGCCUACGAUAACGGCACCCACUUGUGCCUGGUUAUGGACUUGAUGAAUGGAGGAGACCUCAGGUUCCAUAUCUACGAACUCGGAGAACGCGGUCUUCGAAUGGACCGUGUGGUUUUCUACGCAGCCCAGAUGACCUUGGGCCUCCUUCACUUGCACUCGAUGAAUGUUGUGUAUCGUGACCUGAAGCCAGAAAAUGUGCUGCUCGACACUCACGGCCAUUGUAGACUGUCAGACCUCGGAUUGGCUGUCGAGCUGCCAAAAGGGAAAACGAUCUGCCAAAAGGCUGGAACAACUGGGUACAUGGCCCCUGAGAUUCUGAUGCAGCAGAACUACAGCACAUCGGUGGACUGGUGGGCGUUGGGCUGCAGCAUCUACGAGAUGGUGGCUGCUCGCCUGCCAUUCCGAGACUUCCGCGAAAAGGUGCAGAAGAGUGAGGUGGCCCGACGAACCCUGGAAGACCUGUGCAAAUUUCACCACAAGGGAUUUGACCCUGCUACCAAAGACAUCAUCUGUUGCCUGCUUAAGAAAAAGGUUCCACAUCGGCUUGGGUGCAAAGCUGAUGACCCACGAAAACACAUGUUUUUCAACGGCAUUAAUUUCCAUCGCCUUGAGGUGCGGCGUUUGGAGCCUCCUUGGGUGCCAAAGCCCAACGUGGUGUACACCAAAGACACGAGUUAUUUCAACGACACAUCGGAGCUCGGAGACAUUGAACUGGAUGCUAAAGAUGAGAACUUCUCUAAGGAGUUCAGCACCGGCGCAGUACCUGUGUCGUGGCAGAAGGAGAUGAUUGAAAGCGGAUUGUUUGAUGAGCUCAACAGGUCGGAAAGGAACGGCCAUAAUCAAGUGAUGGCAUGGAAAUCAAAGAUGUGUAUCAUUUUGUAA